CUGUUUCUUCAGUCGCUCUCCGACAGAGCUCAGUCGCUCCAAUCGUGAGCUGCAGAAACAACGCAGGAGGAAAAGAUCUUCAUCCCUCUUUCCUUCAUGCCUCCAUCCAUCAUCCCUCCAUCCAUCAUGCCUCCCUCCAUCCUACUCUUCUUCUUCGGCCUGCUGAGCGCUACUGGCUCGCUGCCUCCUCCACGAACCACCUUCCUCCUCCCCUCUGCAGACAGACCUCUGGUCCUCUUCAGCCUCCCCGACAUCCACAACACAACCACGCUGUUGCUAAGCGACGAUGGAGACACGCUGUACGUAGGGGCGCGGGACGCCGUCCUCUCAUUGGACGUCAGUCAGAGUGAUGUCAUCAGCCUGAAGAAGAAGGUGGAGUGGCGUCCGUCUGACAGUGAAAUCAAAGACUGUGAAAACAAAGGGAAGGAUGCUACGGUCGACUGUCCAAACUUCGUGCGUGUUUUGCAGCCAAUGAACUCCACCCAUCUGUACGCCUGUGGCAGCUACGCAUACAGCCCCCAUGAUGGCUUCAUCGAUGCAGAGAGCUUCUCGAUGGUCGAUGGUCAACAGGCUGAUACUAAAGCUAAGGUUCGCUGUCCGUUCAGCCCCAUGCAGAAGAGCACAGCCAUCAUUGUGGACGGCGAGCUGUUCACCGCCACAACAACCAACUUCAGAGGAGUCGAACCACAGAUUUCUCGACACUUCAGCAAAGAUGGCCGCCAAGACGUCAGCCAGGACUCAAGCUUACUGGAGGAGCCAAGGUUUGUGAGCUCGGCCUCAGACCCGUCGGAGGGGAAACUCUACUUCUUCUUUAACGAAGUUGGGAACGAGUUUAGCUUCGUAGACAAGCUGAGGAUCGCCCGAGUGGCUCAAGUCUGCAAGGAUGAUGUUGGAGGACAGAGGACUCUGCAGAAUAAGUGGACAUCGUUUGCCAAAACCUCUCUGCUCUGUCAGGUUCCCAAACAUCUUCCCUUCAACGUUCUCCGGGACGUUUUCACGCUGCCGCCACCAGAGGGCAGCGAUGCCGCGAACACGCUGUUCUACGGAGUCUUCACCUCGCAGUGGUCCUCGGGUCCAGAAUCGUCCGUGUGCGUGUUUAAGCUGCAGGACAUCAGAGCGGUGUUCACUGGGACCUACAUGAACUUUGACUUCCAGAACCAGCAGUGGAGUACAGUGCUGGGAAAACACCCCUACCUGGGACAGUGUGGACUGAACAGCGCUUCAGAUUCUGAAUUAGAGCAGGUGAAGAAGAGUUUCAUGACCAGCGGCAAGGUGAAACCGGUCGGAGGCGGUCCCGUCGUGGUUUCUUCAGGGCAGCAGUACAGUCACGUUGCAGCGUUGAGGACGCAGGCAGCCAAUGGAAACCCGUAUACUGUCCUUUUCCUUCUUACAGAGUCUGGAUUCCUCCACAAAGUGGUUUUGUUGGAUCAGGGUGUGCAUGUUGUUGAGGAGAUUCAGGUUUUCUCUCAGCCUCAGCUGGUGAAAAGCAUCGUCCUCUCCUCCUCAAAGGGAGUUGUCUACGUGGGGACAUCGGAGGGCGUGACGGCGGUCCCGGUGGCCCGGUGCUCGGGCUACAGGACCUGCAGCCAGUGUGUUCUGGCCAGAGAUCCGCUGUGUGGAUGGAGCCGCUCCGCCGGAGUCUGCACCGCUCUGGUCGCCCAGCAACAAGACAUGGCUCAAGACCUGGAGAACGGUAAUGUUGAAGAACAAUGUCCGGGACAAACCAGGAACAGUCUGCUCCCAGCCACAGAAGUCAGCGUUCAUCUGAACGAAGUGGUGAGGCUUCAGUGUCGGAAGCCUUCCAACGUGGCCGCUCUGACCUGGACUUCCUCUCGAUCCGACAGCCUGCCGGACAAACUCUUCAUCCGCUCAGCUGACGGAAGUCUGAGCUUCCUCGCCACGCACGAAACCUUCGGCACGUAUCGCUGCGAGGCGGAGGAAGGCGGGUACAGGGAAACAGUCGCCAGCUACGAGGUCCAGCAGAUCGUUCCUCCGCAGAUUGCCUCGCCGCGCUCCUUCAGCCCCUUUCCCAAAGCCGAAGACGACCACGGGACCGACGAACCCUUCGAAGAAAUUUCCAUUUCCACCGAGGAACCGAAGACUUCUACCACGAAACCUUCAGGAGAACCGGAGGACUCCGGGAUGAAAGACGAAGCCUGGAGACCUCCUGUCGCAUGCUCCUCCCGUCUCACACCUCCCAUCUUAUGCCUGGCCCUGUCGAACGGUGUGCCGGGGACGACCGAUUGGAGCGAUGCAUCCCCGACCGAUUUAACAGACGAGAUCGUCGUCGCUGACAAAGCCAAUUCUGGGUUGAAGAACGAGAUCAAGGUGACUCCCGAAAGAGACGCCUGGUCGGGGGAGGAGCCGGCUGACGAACGCCUCCGCGUCCGAGAGAAGAGCUUCUACAGCGAGCUGGUGGUCGUUUCCCUCCUGCUGGCGGCCUGCGUCUGCGUCCUGAUACUCGCAGGAAUCCACGUGUGGCGGCAAAGGAAAACGGGACUCAAAAAGAUUUCUCUGGUCGGUUCGGAGGACGGCGGCAAAACCAACCAAUCGAUGGAGACCGUUCCAUCUCUGAGCAGCCCCGAGGACACCGGGGGGCCCGAGGUGAAGGUGGAGUAACGACUCAACUCAUAGUCCUACGCUGGAAGUGCCGAUUGACCGUAGUUAACUCGCCAUUAAUUGCACAUUUUCUUAUCUGCUCUAAAUGUACUUUAAAGGGAUAUUGUUCAAGUUUGUAUUGCUCUUAUUAACAGUGUGGGCCCAUAGACGUGUGUGGAUGUGGAUGUGACGAUUUUAGACGAGGAGCUGCUUACACUCUACAUUACGUUACACACUUUCACUGGC